CCCCCCCCCCCCCCCCCCCCCCCCCCCCCCCCCCCCCCCCCCCCCCCCCCCCCCCCCCCCCCCCCCCCCCCCCCCCCCCCCCCCCCCCCCCCCCCCCCCCCCCCCCCCCCCCCCCCCCCCCCCCCCCCCCCCCCCCCCCCCCCCCCCCCCCCCCCCCCCCCCCCCCCCCCCCCCCCCCCCCCCCCCCCCCCCCCCCCCCCCCCCCCCCCCCCCCCCCCCCCCCCCCCCCCCCCCCCCCCCCCCCCCCCCCCCCCCCCCCCCCCCCCCCCCCCCCCCCCCCCCCCCCCCCCCCCCCCCCCCCCCCCCCCCCCCCCCCCCCCCCCCCCCCCCCCCCCCCCCCCCCCCCCCCCCCCCCCCCCCCCCCCCCCCCCCCCCCCCCCCCCCCCCCCCCCCCCCCCCCCCCCCCCCCCCCCCCCCCCCCCCCCCCCCCCCCCCCCCCCCCCCCCCCCCCCCCCCCCCCCCCCCCCCCCCCCCCCCCCCCCCCCCCCCCCCCCCCCCCCCCCCCCCCCCCCCCCCCCCCCCCCCCCCCCCCCCCCCCCCCCCCCCCCCCCCCCCCCCCCCCCCCCCCCCCCCCCCCCCCCCCCCCCCCCCCCCCCCCCCCCCCCCCCCCCCCCCCCCCCCCCCCCCCCCCCCCCCCCCCCCCCCCCCCCCCCCCCCCCCCCCCCCCCCCCCCCCCCCCCCCCCCCCCCCCCCCCCCCCCCCCCCCCCCCCCCCCCCCCCCCCCCCCCCCCCCCCCCCCCCCCCCCCCCCCCCCCCCCCCCCCCCCCCCCCCCCCCCCCCCCCCCCCCCCCCCCCCCCCCCCCCCCCCCCCCCCCCCCCCCCCCCCCCCCCCCCCCCCCCCCCCCCCCCCCCCCCCCCCCCCCCCCCCCCCCCCCCCCCCCCCCCCCCCCCCCCCCCCCCCCCCCCCCCCCCCCCCCCCCCCCCCCCCCCCCCCCCCCCCCCCCCCCCCCCCCCCCCCCCCCCCCCCCCCCCCCCCCCCCCCCCCCCCCCCCCCCCCCCCCCCCCCCCCCCCCCCCCCCCCCCCCCCCCCCCCCCCCCCCCCCCCCCCCCCCCCCCCCCCCCCCCCCCCCCCCCCCCCCCCCCCCCCCCCCCCCCCCCCCCCCCCCCCCCCCCCCCCCCCCCCCCCCCCCCCCCCCCCCCCCCCCCCCCCCCCCCCCCCCCCCCCCCCCCCCCCCCCCCCCCCCCCCCCCCCCCCCCCCCCCCCCCCCCCCCCCCCCCCCCCCCCCCCCCCCCCCCCCCCCCCCCCCCCCCCCCCCCCCCCCCCCCCCCCCCCCCCCCCCCCCCCCCCCCCCCCCCCCCCCCCCCCCCCCCCCCCCCCCCCCGCCCUGCCGCGGCUCGGGGCCCCCCCCCCCCCCCCCCCCCCCCCCCCCCCCCCCCCCCCCCCCCCCCCCCCCCCCCCCCCCCCCCCCCCCCCCCCCCCCCCCCCCCCCCCCCCCCCCCCCCCCCCCCCCCCCCCCCCCGAGCCGCGGCUCGGGGCGGCUGUGGGCCCGGCCGGGGGGAAUUGGGGUGUCGGGGCGGCUGAAGGCAGCUUAG